CUUUGCCUUUGCCUUUGCCUUUUGCUUGCUUCCUUACGCUCCACUCCCACCCGUUACUGGAGGCCCACCUUGUCCAUUACCGCCACCACCUCACAAAACACCCCCCAAUCCCCCUUCCUUUUUCUGCUUUUCUGAUCUCUCCUCCCCCACUCCCUCCUCCUCCUAAGAAGUAGGAAUUCUUUUUUUUUUUUUUUUUAAAGUAUACCUGUCUACUCCAUUACCCAGAAACCAUACUACAACCCGUUCGCUGUAGCAGAAUCAUGUUGCUGUUGUUAUGAGGUGGGAAGAGCAGGGCAGGCCAAGGCAAGGCGUAAUCAGGGCUGCAGAUUUAGCUUAGUUUUUAUGUGUCCUCUUUAUCUUUGAGGAGAGUUGUCGCAUCUUUCACAUUUUUUUUUUAGUUUUUUUUUUUUGGAUUUUGUCAUCUUGAUAAUUUUUGUAAAUGGUGAUGGAAGAUAACGAGAGUUGCAGUAGUAGAGUGGCGGACGAUUCCAAUAUCAAUAUCAAUAAUAAUAGUAAUAGGCAACAGAGGAAGAAGGCGGAGGUCUACAAUGAGGUGCUUCGGCGGCUCAGGGAGUCUCGCCACCCGGAGGCCCUAACCCCUGGUUUCGAUCAUCAACUUUGGUCGCACUUCAAUCGUCUCCCCGCCCGGUAUGCUUUGGAUGUAAAUGUGGAAAGAGCGGAAGAUGUUCUCACCCAUAAGCGCUUGCUGCAUCUGGCUCAUGAUCCUGUUAAUAGGCCUGCUUUUGAGGUGCGCCUGGUGCAGGUUCCUCCUGUAUCUGAUGGGAAUUCAUUUGAUUCUUCUGAUCCAAGCUCUCCGAGAAAAGAAGUUGCUCGGAGCAUCCAUCCACCACCUGCUUUUGGUUCUUCCCCAAAUCUUGAAGCACUUGCACUUGAAGCAAGUAAAAGUCCAGAUGAAGAUGCUGAUAUUACAGUACACCCCGUCCAAAAGGCUUCUCGGCCCAUGCAUGAGAUUACCUUCUCAACUGACGACAAGCCAAAACUUCUUAGUCAGUUGACUUCGUUACUUGCUGAACUUGGCCUGAAUAUCCAGGAAGCACAUGCCUUUUCCACCAUGGAUGGCUACUCCCUUGAUGUCUUCGUUGUUGAUGGUUGGCCAUAUGAGGAAGUUGAGCAGCUCAGAAAUGCAUUGCAGGAGGAAGUUGUAAAGAUCAAGGAAAAAUCUUGGCCAAAUCAGCAAUUUUUAUCUCCUCUUGGCGGGUCUGAUCAAACAGUAAUCAAAUGUGAACCUGACCAUUUGACUAUACCUAAUGACGGUUUUGAUGUUUGGGAAAUUGAUCCUCAACAUCUGAAAUUUGAGCACAAAGUUGCAUCAGGAUCAUAUGGUGAUUUAUACAAAGGCAUAUAUUGUAGUCAGGAAGUAGCUAUCAAAAUUCUCAAGGCUGAGCGUUUGAAUUCAGAGUUGCAAAAGGAAUUUGCUCAAGAAGUUUACAUUAUGAGGAAAGUUCGGCACAAAAAUGUUGUACAGUUUAUAGGGGCAUGUACCAGACCUCCAAAUUUGUGCAUUGUGACAGAAUUCAUGUCUGGAGGAAGUGUGUAUGAUUAUUUACACAAACAAAAGGGUGCUUUUAAGCUUCCGUCUGUACUCAAAGUUGCUGUUGAUGUAUCAAAGGGAAUGAACUAUCUUCACCAGAAUAAUAUAAUACACAGAGACCUGAAGGCUGCCAAUCUUUUGAUGGAUGAAAAUGAAGUUGUGAAGGUAGCUGAUUUUGGAGUGGCCAGAGUAAAAGCACAGACUGGAGUCAUGACAGCUGAAACGGGGACAUACAGAUGGAUGGCUCCUGAGGUUAUAGAGCACAAGCCUUAUGAUCACAAGGCUGAUGUAUUUAGUUUUGGGAUUGUUGUGUGGGAGUUGCUGACUGGAAAGCUUCCAUACGAGUAUUUAACACCCUUACAAGCAGCAAUUGGAGUGGUGCAAAAGGGUCUGCGACCAACCAUCCCAAAACACACUCAUCCAAAACUUGCUGAGCUACUCGAGAGAUGCUGGCAGCAAGACUCAACUUUGAGACCUGACUUUUCUGAAAUCAUUGACAUCUUGCAGCAAAUAGCUAAGGAGGUUGGUGAUGAAGGAGAGGAGCGCCGGAAAGAGAAAUCAGGAGGAUUCUUUUCAGCCCUUAGACGCGGACAUCACUAGAUGAAGAUACAGUUCCAUUUCACUCAUUUCAAUUUCCCUCCCUUGUAGUUGAUACUGUACAGCAUCUGUCUGCCUUCUUCUUCUCGCAGUCAAAUGUUUUCGUUUAUGCUCUCUUUAAUUUUCGACUUUAAGAGGCGCUAGAUGAUGUUUUAGCUUCUUUUGUGCAACAUUUUUUUUUUCUGUAUUUCUCUUUUUUGUUUUCUUGGGUAAGUUGUCGGUUGGCUCACCAUCAACACCGAACUUCAUCAGCGUUCUAACUUCUCAAGAGUCAGAAAGCGAGGAUCAAAAAAAGAAAAAAACAUCUAAAAGGCUAUUCCAUACUUUGAAAACCCACAUUGAUCAUUCUGAUUCUAGUUUCCUAAAUGCUCCUCAUCAGAUCUCUGUGCACAUGUAAAGUUAUUGAAAAAAAAAACGCAGUAUAAGAAUGGCGAUUUUGUUCA